CAACGCGAUUACUGUUAUAGAACGUGAACUCAAGACGUGUCGUCAAGAGAUUCGUUGAUUUUAACACACGUGUCAAAUGUACGGUUGGAGAGAUAUUUAUUAGAAGAUCUAAAAUAUCUUGUUAACUCGUCCACGUUGGCACUAACACAAAGGCCGAUUUGGAAUUAGAUAUUACGCUUUUUCACUUAUCUUUUUGCUUUUUUUUUUUUUUUCCACUAAAUUUUUUUUUAUUUCUCUCUUUUGAACCUUUUUUUCUUCUCAUCGUCCGUCGUCUUCACAAACCAAACUUCUCCACGAAAUAUCUAUCUUAAGCUUUUUUUUUUCUCCGACGAAUCUGAGCUUCGAGAGGAGCUUAAUCUCUACCUGAAUUUCGAGGAAUUAGAGAGUAAAACAAAAAAUGGGAGAAGAAGUGAGGAUGAGCGAUUACGAUGUUUCCGGCGACGGAGAUAGGGUUCUUGAAUGGGAGAUGGGAUUACCAAGCGACGAUGAUUUAGCAUCGCUUUCUUACUCUUUGAUUCCGGCGAAUCUGGCGAUGGCGUUUAGUAUCACACCGGAGCGGAGCCGUACGGUUCAAGAUGUGAAUCGCGCAUCGGAGACGACGCUCUCGUCUCUACGAAGCGGAUCUUCAGGUCCCAACACAUCGUCGUCUAACAAUAAUAGCAACGCGGUGGAGGAGGAGGAAGAUCGAGUCGGAUCGAGUAGUCCUGGAUCGGAUUCUAAGAAGCAGAAGACAUCGGACGGAGAUGGAGACGGCGGUGGCGGUUUGGAUCCGGAUACGGAGAUGGCGGCGGAGGAAGGAGAUUCAGGAACUGAAGAUCUAUCUGGGAAAACACUGAAACGACCUCGUUUAGUGUGGACGCCGCAGCUGCACAAGAGAUUCGUUGAUGUUGUGGCUCACUUAGGGAUCAAAAACGCUGUUCCGAAGACGAUCAUGCAGCUGAUGAACGUCGAAGGAUUAACUCGAGAAAACGUUGCCUCUCAUCUUCAGAAGUAUAGGCUUUACCUUAAACGGAUGCAGGGAUUGACUAACGAAGGUCCCUCUGCUUCGGAUAAGCUCUUCUCUUCAACACCUGUGCCUCCACAGAGCUUUCAAGACAUCGGUGGUAGUAACGGUAACGGUAACGGUAACGGUAACGGCCAGGGGAAUGGAUCGGCUGGACAAGUUAGAGUGCCAAUUCCGGUACCGUAUGGAGGGCAGCCGAUGAUGCAGAUGCCAGUUUAUGCGCAUCAUAUGGGUAUGCAAGGAUAUCAUCAUCAAAAUCAAGGUCAUGAUCCUUAUCAUCAGAACCAUCAUCAUCAUCAUCAUGGAGCUGGUGGUGGUGGAUCUGGUGCGUUUGAAUCAAAUCCUUAUAUGAUGCAGCAGAAUAAGUUUGGAUCCAUGGCUUCUUAUCCUUCUGUUGGUGGUGGUAGCGCGAAUGAGAAUUAAAAAAACUUAAGUCUAUAAGAUGGAUUCAAUGUGGGGAAGAAGAGAUGAUAGGUUGUUGGCAUCUCGUACUUUUUCCACUUUGUCACAUCUUUAGAAAUUUCUUAUCUUAUGCCGAGUUUUCCCACUCCAAGGAGAGAUCAAACAAACAUUUCAUUUUGAAGCUAAAGCAGUCAGUACUCUUGGAGCACCAAUGCAUACUUGAAGACUUCUUGACAAGUUUCAUAUACUCGUUUACUUUCUUGUGAGGUAACUCCCUUUUUCUGUAGGCUUCUUGUAAAGAUAAUUGAAAGAGCAUCUGGUUCGCAUUGUUGUUAAUUAUUUAUUUCUUUGAGGUGGCGUCAGACACAAUCCUUUUACUUUUUAUUUACUUUAAUUUUUUUAUAAACCAAUCAAAUGUUUCUAAAGAGGCCAUUUUUAAUACAAUCAUAUUCAUAUGACGAUCUUUUCUCUUUA